UUAAAUAAAGUGCCAAACAAUGAAGCUCUUCUUAGUGGCAAUUCUAGGGCUUUGCCUCGGCCAGUCCCAGGCUGGACCGGUGGUUGAGUUGCAAACUGCAGAAUUUGCAACGCGUACGCGGUUCUUUGGAGAGUUUGAUAAUCUGCUCAAAGGCAUCGCAAAAGAAGCCAUCGAGAGCCUUUCGACGCUACGGCAAAGUACGGCAGAGGAGGUUGAGUCGGUCGAGAAUGCCAUCGAGAACCUGGAGACACUCUACAACGACAAGGUGCUUAAGGAAAUUGCAAAAUACGACGAUGUGCUGAAAGAGCUACAGACCAAAGUGUCACCGUGUUUCGCUCCGGUUCCGGAGGAAAUUAGCAAAAUGGUCCAAAGUGCGCGCGACAAGGCAGGCGUUUGCGCAAAGGCAACAGUGGCUCGUGUACGGUUGAUUGAGAAAAAUGUCGAAGAGCACAUCAAAUUUAGCUUGUCCAAAGUGCACGAUAUUAUCGGCAUUGGACGCAAGUGUCUCGAGGAUAACUCUUGGAUAGUGGAUCAAAUCAAUUGCGCGUUGCAAAACGCGCCGGAAGCGGUUAACAAAGUGCAAGAGAUUGUCCACGAUGCAGCGAAGCUGGUGGCCGAAACAUCCAAGGAGGUGGCCAAACUGGCCGCAGAAACCGAACAAUGCUUGGGUGGGGCUGUGCAAGAUGCCGUAACUGAUUUCAACGAGAUCCUCGGCAAGGUGAUCCAAUGUUUGGGAGACGAACAGAAGGAGUCGGAUUCGAAGGACCCGUCGUACUCAAAGGACUCGUCGGAGUCGAAGGACUCGUCGGACUCUUCUGAAGAUUGAUUCAAUCGAUCGGUGGGAACAAGGAAUCUUACAAGGAAUAAACUAGUAUUUGACUAAAUAGAAUAGAA